AUGUCACCCUCAUCGAAUAAAUCAGCAUCAAGUCCUCCUACAAAAAACACAGAACCACUAAGAGUAACAAUUACAAACAAAAAUUUUACUGAGAGUCUUAAUAACAGGAGUUCUAAAGAGUACAAUGAAACGGCUGCACGUUUUAAAAACGAGUUUUAUGAAAAACUGAAGAAACUCUUCCCCAACCUAGUAGGCAUUGAAAAUAUUACAUUUUCGAGUGGAUCAGUGAUUGCCGACAUGCUGCUGGUGUUUGAGAAUGGGACAACAGUUCCUCUACCUGGAGAAUUGAUUGAGAAAAUAUAUGAAGCUCUGAAAAAUGAUUCUACUUUGGGUGACCUACAACUGGAUCCUGCUAGUGUACAAUCUGAAGAGCCUCCAACAACUACAGAGCAACCAACAACUACAGAGCCUCCAACAACUACAGAACCAACAACUAAGAAGCCAACAACUACAGAACUAACAACAACUACAGAGCCAACAACUACAAAGCCAACAACGACUACAAAGCCAACAACAACUACAGAGCCAACAAUAACUACAAAGCCAACAACAACUACAGAGCCAACAAUAACUACAAAGCCAACAACAACUACAGAACCAACAACAACUACAGAGCCAGCAACAACUACAGAGUCUCCUUCCACCGCUGAAAUAACAACCUCAGAACCAAUAACCACAAGAGAAUCUACAACAGCUGCCAUGGAACGUCUUACAACUGCAAAAUACCCUACAAAUACAACAUCUUCUGCUGAGAGGAGUACAAUGUCACCCUCAUCGAAUAAAUCAGCAUCAAGUCCUCCUAAAAAAAACACAGAACCACUAAGAGUAACAAUUACAAACAGAAAUUUUAGUGAGAGUCUUAAUAACAGGAGUUCUAAAGAGUACAAUGAAACGGCUGCACGUUUUAAAAACGAGUUUUAUGAAAAACUGAAGAAACUCUUCCCCAACCUAGUAGGCAUUGAAAAUAUUACAUUUUCGAGUGGAUCAGUGAUUGCCGACAUGCUGCUGGUGUUUGAGAAUGGGACAACAGUUCCUCUACCUAGAGAAUUGAUUGAGAAAAUAUAUGAAGCUCUGAAAAAUGAUUCUACUUUGGGUGACCUACAACUGGAUCCUGCUAGUACAGAGCCAACAACAACUACAGAGCCAACAACAACUACACAGCCAACAACAACUACACAGUCAACAACAACUACAAAGCCCCCAACAACUACAGAGCCAACAACUACAGAGCAAACAACAACUACAGAGCCACCAACAACUAGAAAGCCAACAACAACUACAGAGCCAACAACAACUACAGAGCCAACAACAACUACACAGCCAACAACAACUACAGAGCCAACAACAACUACAGAGCUAACAACAACUACAGAGCCAACAACAACCACAGAGCCUCCAACAACUACAGAGCAACCAACAACUACAGAGCCUCCAACAACUACAGAACCAACAACUAAGAAGCCAACAACUACAGAACUAACAACAACUACAGAGCCAACAACUACAAAGCCAACAACGACUACAAAGCCAACAACAACUACAGAGCCAACAAUAACUACAAAGCCAACAACAACUACAGAGCCAACAAUAACUACAAAGCCAACAACAACUACAGAACCAACAACAACUACAGAGCCAGCAACAACUACAGAGUCUCCUUCCACCGCUGAAAUAACAACCUCAGAACCAAUAACCACAAGAGAAUCUACAACAGCUGCCAUGGAACGUCUUACAACUGCAAAAUACCCUACAAAUACAACAUCUUCUGCUGAGAGGAGUACAAUGUCACCCUCAUCGAAUAAAUCAGCAUCAAGUCCUCCUAAAAAAAACACAGAACCACUAAGAGUAACAAUUACAAACAGAAAUUUUAGUGAGAGUCUUAAUAACAGGAGUUCUAAAGAGUACAAUGAAACGGCUGCACGUUUUAAAAACGAGUUUUAUGAAAAACUGAAGAAACUCUUCCCCAACCUAGUAGGCAUUGAAAAUAUUACAUUUUCGAGUGGAUCAGUGAUUGCCGACAUGCUGCUGGUGUUUGAGAAUGGGACAACAGUUCCUCUACCUAGAGAAUUGAUUGAGAAAAUAUAUGAAGCUCUGAAAAAUGAUUCUACUUUGGGUGACCUACAACUGGAUCCUGCUAGUGUACAAUCUGAAGGUGAAAAAAUAAAAACAACUACUGCUGCUCCAAUAACGACUGCUAUAACAACAACCACACAACUAACAACUACACAACCUACAACAAUGGAGACUACAACAACUACAGAGUCAACAACAACCACACUGCCUCCAACAACUACAAAGCCCCCAACAACUACAGAGCCAACAACAACUACAGAGCAAACAACAACUACAGAGCCAGAAACAACUACAGAGCCAACAACAACUACAGAGCCAACAACAACUACACAGCCAACAACAACUACACAGCCAACAACAACUACAAAGCCCCCAACAACUACAGAGCCAACAACUACAGAGCAAACAACAACUACAGAGCCACCAACAACUAGAAAGCCAACAACAACUACAGAGCCAACAACAACUACAGAGCCAACAACAACUAGAAAGCCAACAACAACUACACAGCCAACAACAACCACACUGCCUCCAACAACUACAAAGCCCCCAACAACUACAGAGCCAACAACAACUACAGAGCAAACAACAACUACAGAGCCACCAACAACUAGAAAGCCAACAACAACUACAGAGCCAACAACAACUACAGAGCCAACAACAACUACACAGCCAACAACAACUACAGAGCCAACAACAACUACACAGCCAACAACAACUACAGAGCCAACAACAACCACAGAGCCACCAACAACUACAGAGCAACCAACAACUACAGAGCCUCCAACAACUACAGAACCAACAACUAAGAAGCCAACAACUACAGAACUAACAACAACUACAGAGCCAACAACAACUACAAAGCCAACAACGACUACAAAGCCAACAACAACUACAGAGCCAACAAUAACUACAAAGCCAACAACAACUACAGAGCCAACAAUAACUACAAAGAGUGGAUCAGUGAUUGCCGACAUGCUGCUGGUGUUUGAGAAUGGGACAACAGUUCCUCUACCUAGAGAAUUGAUUGAGAAAAUAUAUGAAGCGCUGAAAAACGAUUCUACUUUGGGUGACUUACAACUGGAUCCUGCUAGUGUAGAAUCUGAAGGUGAAAAAAUAAAUACAACUACUGCUGCUCCAAUAACGACUGCUAUAACAACAACCACACAACUAACAACUACACAACCUACAACAAUGGAGACUACAACAAGUACAGAGUCAACAACAACCACACUGCCUCCAACAACUACAAAGCCACCAACAACCACAGAGCCACCAACAACUACUGAGCAAACAACAACUACAGAGCCAACAACAACUACAGAGCCAACAACAACCACAGAGCCACCAACAACUACAGAGCCUCCAACAACUACAGAGCCUCCAACAACUACAAAGCCACCAACAACCACAGAGCCAACAACAACUACAGAGCCAACAACAACCACAGAGCCACCAACAACUACAGAGCCUCCAACAACUACAGAGCCUCCAACAACUACAAAGCCACCAACAACCACAGAGCCAACAACAACUACAGAGCAAACAACAACUACAGAGCCAACAACAACUACAGAGCAAACAACAACUACAGAGCCUCCAACAACUACAGAGCCACCAACAACUACAGAGCCUCCAACAACUACAGAGCCUCCAACAACUACAGAGCCACCAACAACCACAGAGCCACCAACAACUACAGAGCCAACAACAACUACAGAGCCACCAACAACUACAGAGCUAACAACAACUACAGAGCCAACAACAACUACACAGCCAACAACAACUACAGAGCCAACAACAACUACACAGCCAACAACAACUACAGAGCCAACAACAAUUACACAGCCAACAACAACUACAGAGCCACCAACAACUACAGAGCCAACAACAACUACAGAACCACCAACUACUACAGAGCCAACAACAACUACAGAGCCACCAACAACUACAGAGCCAUCAACAACUACAGAGCCAACAACAACUACAGAGCCAACAACAACUACAGAGCCAACAACAACUACACAGCCAACAACAACUACACAGCCAACAACAACUACAGAGCCAACAACAACUACACAGCCAACAACAACUACAGAGCCAACAACAACUACACAGCCACCAACAACUACAGAGCCACCAACAACUACAGAGCCAACAACAACUACAGAACCACCAACUACUACAGAGCCUCCAACAACUACAGAGCCACCAACAACUACAGAGCUAACAACAACUACAGAGCCAACAACAACUACACAGCCAACAACAACUACAGAGCCACCAACAACUACAGAGCUAACAACAACUACAGAUCCAACAACAACUACAGGAGCCAACAACAACCACAGUGCCUCCAACAACUACAGAGCCUCCAACAACUACAGAGCCUCCAACAACUACAGAGCCUCCAACAACCACAGUGCCUCCAACAACUACAGAGCCUCCAACAACAACAGAGCCUCCAACAACUACAGAGCCUCCAACAACUACAGAGCCAACAACGACUACAGAGCCAACAACAACUACAGGGCAAACUACAACUACAGAGCCUCCAACAACUACAGAGCAAACAACAACUACAGGGCCAACUACAACUACAAAGCCACCAACAACUACAGAACCAACAACCACAAAGCCACCAACAACUACAGAACCAACAACCACAAAGCCUCCAAAAACUACUGA